GAUUUUAUCGAGGAAUUCGUGCGCAAAGAGAAAUCGUGAGAAAUCUCUGCGACGCUCCGCAAUAUCAUGGGGACCGUAUGAAUAAUCGUUAAUUAAUUCCAAGCACGGCGCGAGCAAAACGACCCGCCGGCGAAAAAGCACGCCCACCUUAUAUUCCCAAUUUUUUAUCCGCAUAUGUAACGAGCAUAAUAAAUACGAGGCGGUGUGGUUACCAUACGCGGUGACGCGAAGUGCAUAGCAACGAGAGCGAGCAUUUUCUUUUUUCCCCUUGCCGUAUUGUCCCGUCCGCGGGCGCGAGCGUUUUAUCUGGCGUUGCAAAACGUGGAAACAGUUCUCUAUCAUGAGCAGAACGUUUUAUCAGAUAAAGUCGUGCUAUCGGUCUCGGUAGAUAAGGGAACGGUGACAGGCUGACGAUGACACACGGUGCCCGUGCUUUCGGAAGUGUACGUGUCGCUCCGGCUAUUUUUUUUCCGUCCCCCAUUGUACAUGUAAUUCUUGCCUCUAUUUCCGUCUCGAGUGGAAGAUAGCUAAAUAAAAUACAUGGAUACUCUAUACCCGAAGCUUCACGAGCGCUUCAAGACCGAGGGUAUCUGUCCCGUUUGCCUCAUGGAGAUGGAACUGACGCCCAGAUAUUCGUGCAUCAAUGAUCAUACCGUGUGCCAUCGUUGUAAACCCUAUUACUACGGCUGCCCCACGUGCUCGGCACCGUUGGAAAUGCAGAUAAGUCCACUUCAGACGGACGCAUCUCAGUCAAUAAUGCUGCCGCAGCCCAUGCCACGGCACCACCAUGAUCACAGUCCCAGCGCACCGCUUGCACCGGCAAUGGAGACCUUCCUGAACCAUGAAAUUCAGGCUGCUUGGGUACCUCCCGUGCCGUCUGAGAAUCAUCGUCUUGAACCCUGCUCAUAUUCUCACCUAGGAUGCUCGAUAUUGAUACCAGAGCAUUUGCGAACGCUUCACGAGUCGAGAUGUAAUUUUCGACAAUUGAGAGAAGAAUAUGUGUCGCCCGAUUAUCAUCACGAUUCUUUGGUAGGUUGCUCGUACUUUGCGGCAGGAUGCAGGGUACGAAUGGAGCCGUCGCAACGCGUCACUCACGAGAGGAAUUGCAUCUAUAAAGACAGAUUUCAGAGUGUAAACGAUAUCAGCGAUAGUCUCGCAUCCACGACGAUUAGCGAUAACUAUUACGGCGGUGAUCCCGAAGAAUUGGUGCAGUGCAAGUUUAGGCGAUACGGCUGCAUGGUGAAGAUGCCGAGGAGGCGAAAGUACACACAUGAGCAGAAAUGCAAUUACAAAAGCUAUCAAACGGAUGUGGACGAUAGGUUCUUCGAUUAUCCUUCGCAGCCGGAACUGGAUCCCGAUGAGCAAAUAGAAUGUAGAUGGUCCGAAUACGGCUGUCGAGUCAAGCCGAAACGCUGCCGCAAACAAAUUCAUGAGGAUAAAUGUAACUAUAGGAUGGAAGAGUGCAUGUGGAAGCAUUAUGGAUGCAGCGCUAUAUUUCUGCCAACUUUGAAAUAUUCCCAUGAGAGCAAUUGCGAUUUUGCCCAACAUUAAUUAUACCGAGUUUAAUUGUAUAUCGGAUUACAUUAGUAGUAAACUAAUAAUAAUUCUCGCAAUACAAUAUGUAUAUACAUAAUAUCCUUAGUAUUUAUCAAUACAAUUAUAAAAGAUCUUUUUUUUUUAAUUAUGAUUUGGUUUUUCAGAGACAUGUCAACAUGUUCAAUCGUUCUCGACCUUUAUAUAGAAUAACACAAAGAUGUAUAAAUUAAUUGAUUCCCUAUCAUAAUUAAAUGGAAUUGAAUUAAAUAAUAUACUAUUAUAAUUAUAAGCAUGGCUAACCAUAUUAUCAAUAAAAAAAAUUUUUUGAAAA